CAAGAAAAUAUGGUCACCGUAUUUACAUUACUACCAGCCAAAAUACUAGGAAAAAUGAGCAAGAUUUUCAAUCCUCCGGAAUUCAUCAUCAGGGGGAGGGUCCAAGCAGCAAAAGCCCCCAGUACCUUGGAAAGGCGGGCAUGGAAACCCCAGACAAAGAUCGCUUCACCUGGCCAGACGGGAUAGGAAGGAGAUCCUCCUCGCCAUCGGAGACCAUGAACCCAUCUCAGCCUGCGCACUGCAUCCAUCCGAGUCGACUCGGGACACUUUAGGACCGCGAAGAAAGCGGCGAGACGGCUGGGGAAGCAGUCGGACGCGACCAUAUUCACCAGCAGGGUGAGUCGAAUGGUGUUCCAAGGCGACCUUCUCGGAGGUUCUGCUGGCCUUCCGCGGGUUACACAGACUUCUCUGCGGCCUCCCCCUCCAUCGUAAGUCAAGUGGUAGCCCCCAAGCUAGGACUAGCUCCCAGCCAAAUGAAGCAGCGCUCGCGAGCCGCUGCCCAAGACAUCCUCCAAAGCAGCCGCGGAAGGAGGAAGCAGCGCUCGCCGCCGCCAGCAUCGCGCCAGCCCGCUCCCCGAAUAGCCGGCCGGUCGCCCAGGCGCUCGCUGCCCCUGCGCUCCUGCGCUCCGGCUCCUCCGUCACGCAACUCUUGGGAAAGAGCCCGCGGGGCGAGGGUCGCCUCCUCCCGCCCUCCUCCCCGCCACCUACCUAUUCUCGCCGGGACAAAGCCAUGAAGCCGGCGCUGCUGGAAGUGAUGAGGAUCAAUCGGAUUUGUCGGAUGGUUUUGGUCACUUGCUUGGGAUCCUUCGCCCUCGUCAUCUUCUAUUUCCAAAGUAUGUUGCAUCCAGUAAUACGUAGGAAUAGCUUUGGGAUGGACAUCUGCUGCCGAAAAGGAUCAAGAAGUCCGCUACAAGAGCUCUACAAUCCAACCCAGUUGGAAUUAUCCAGCACAGCAAUCCUUCAUCAAAUCCGGAGGGAUCAAGUUACAGAUACAUGUCGAGCCAACAGCAUGUCCAGCAGGAAGCGCCGUGUGCUGACCCCUAAUGAUCUCAAACAUCUGGUGGUUGAUGAAGAUCACGAAUUGAUUUAUUGCUAUGUCCCCAAAGUGGCCUGUACCAACUGGAAGAGAGUCAUGAUGGUGUUAACUGGGAGAGGAAAAUACACUGAUCCAAUGGAGAUACCAGCUAAUGAAGCACAUGUCUCAUCAAACUUGAAAACACUCAACCAGUACAGCAUCCCAGAGAUCAACCAUCGCUUGAAAAACUACAUGAAGUUUCUAUUUGUCCGUGAGCCUUUUGAGAGACUGGUGUCAGCCUACAGAAACAAAUUCACCCAGAAAUAUAACACCUCCUUUCACAAGAGAUAUGGUACCAAAAUCGUAAAGCGCCAAAGGAAAAAUGCAACACAGGAGGCUCUGCAUAAAGGUGAUGAUGUCAAAUUUGAAGAGUUUGUGGCUUAUCUCAUAGACCCACAAACUCAAAGAGAAGAGCCAUUCAAUGAACACUGGCAAACUGUCUUUUCUCUGUGCCAUCCUUGUCACAUCCAUUAUGACCUCAUAGGGAAGUAUGAGACUCUUGAAGAGGAUUCCAACUACAUCCUUCAACUAGCAGGAGUAGGAAACUAUCUCAAGUUCCCCACCUAUGCAAAGUCUACAAGAACUACUGAUGAAAUGACUACAGAGUUCUUCCAGAACAUCAGUUCAGAGCACCAAACACAGCUGUAUGAAGUCUACAAACUUGAUUUUUUAAUGUUCAAUUACUCAGUGCCAAGCUAUCUGAAACUGGAAUGAAACGUGGAUAGCCAGAGAAAGAAAGAAAGCUGUUUAAUUUAAGAUUUUUAUUUGUCAUAAUUAUGUAUGAAGAAUGGGUUAUUUUGUAAGUUAAUAUUUUUCUCUCUCUCUCUUUUUUUUUUAGUAAUGCUGCGAGCAGCAUAGUUGGAAAUUUAUUAUUUAAAUUGUUGGUAAGAAAGGACAGUUCUGUUUGCAGGGUAAGAAAAUUGCAGUGACAAUAGCUCUAGAUGUGACAAGUAAGUGCUACACUGUUUUGGGGUGGAAAAUGUUCCUUAUGCCCUGAUUUAUUUUUUUAAUUUUUUUUGGCAUUCUUAAUAAAUCCGAGCCUUUGGGUUAUUUAUGCUUACAGAAUAGAUUCCUCAUUAGAAGCUGAAAUGCAAUGCUGUGUAGGCAAAAAAGAAAAAAAGAAAGAAAAGAAAAGUUCCCUGUGUUCUCAUUGCUGGAGUUUUCUUCUGCCAUAAUAUUCCUUCAUUAUGGGGGGAUGAAUGUGCUCAUAAAAUUGGAAACAUUGCAGUGGGCAGUAAGGCCCAGGAGCUAUAAUAGAUUUAUGGAUUUGGGAGCCUUCUGAUUCUCUGAUUUGUAAGACAUACUUUUCUACAUAAAGAUACACGCACUUGGUCUCAGAACACUUAGAUCAUUAAAAUGUCAUACAUCUGUGCAUCCCAAACACCAAGUAAGAGAAGGAAGCAAAUGUUCUGGAAAGUGAUGGCAUGACUCAAUUUCUUGUCCCUUAAAGGAGACAACCCAACCAGAGACUACUAAGAAUUAUCUGCUACUCCUAAUUACCCUUAGAGGGAAUCCUAGUUCAAUAGGAAAUUCAUUUGAUUAAGUAAUCACAUGUGAGGCCUCACCUGAUUGUUCGACCCAGCCCUUCAGGGACAGAACACUCUUAGGGACCCAACUGGCUGUUCUGACAUAACAAAAGACUAAGCUUUGGCUCUUUUCUUGAUGACCAGUCUAUUCAAUUAGGCACAAUCACUUCCUUUGCUCCAUAAUAUGUCCAAGCAAUAGAACCACAUGGUACCAAUACAGGAUUUUUCAGAUCUGUACACUGCUAUUUGCAUCUGUAAUCCCUCAUCUUGGGUCUUUGGAGAUGAUUGUUCCAAAAAAGAAGAAAAGGAAAGAAUGUGCCCCUUACGGCCAACAGAUUUAAAUGACAUCCCCACCCUGAAAUUUGCACCAUAGUAAAGAAUAAACUGCAUCUGGGAGUGGCUUUCCUGUGAGAUAAUGAGAAUGUCUAUAUCAUGUUCUGAGCUGUAGCAAAGUUUAAAGAGGCCCAUUGAAUAGAGUGCAAUAUUAAAUGGUACCUGACCUUCUUUUAGGUGGAUACCAGAUGGAAAAAAAAAUCCUGCAGUGAUGCAAUUUUAUCUCAGUUCCAGACCUUAACAGCAAUUAUUUUGAAAGAAACUGACAUAUUGAUGCUAUAUUUUAACAUUGGGAAGAAGAACAAACACUGAUUUUCACAUGCAUGUAUACACACGCACACAUACACGCACACACACUAAUAUUUAAAGUCUAUGACUGAAUGAAAUGUGACUAUUGUAUAGAGAGAAACAUAUUCAAAGUUCUACUUUGCUGGACAUGUUGUUAAAAUCAUUUCUGCCUUCCUACUUGUUUGAUUUCAAGAUGUGUAAUAAUGAUGAAUUAAUUGCCUUUAUUAAUAGGUGUAGUAAUAACUUUAUUUAGGAUCACAGUGUUCUCUUAAGUAAAUUGGUUAGACCGAUCAAAAGAUCUUAAUCAAUUAAUUGAAAGGUGCUCCCAAUUAAUUGGACAGCAAAAUUUUAAAACUUGAUAAUUUUAAAUAAAGGUCCUUCUAUAAACAUAGAUGACAAGCAUCUUAGGAAGAAGCAUUUUCUCUUCCCAUGCUGUUAAGCAGUGCCUACAUGCAUCAUCUAAAACCUUUGAAGAAGUAUUUUGCUUUAGAACUAUUGACUUAUAUCCAAAUAAAUGAAAUUUAAUAAACCAAUUAAAAGCAUAUGAUUAAUCAACUGAGAUUGAUUCAAUUGGAGGAUAACCCUAAUAUUAAUAUUAUUGUUAACAUAUAGCUCAACAUGUCCCAAAUGAUUCUGAGAAUCCAGCUUAGCUUCCUGAUCUAAACAUGAAGAUUUUCACCUUACAGUAUUUAUAUGGAGGAUGAGACUGGAAGAUAUAUAAAACCAUGCCUUAGUGGGUUUCAGAAAUAUAUACAACAAAUAACUUUCACCAGAUUCUAUUAUGUUCUAGUAAUAGACUUAAAACCUAUGGCAAAUCUAUAUAGCUGCAAUUGCUUUUGUUAUUUUUUUGGAGAGAAGAAUCCAGGUAUUUCUACGGCAAGAAUAUGAAAUAGGGAGACAGAUUCCUCUCCCAAAUGACAUCAUUCCUGUCCAGAUUGGAAUCUAGCUCUCAUUUCACAGGUGACUUUACUGUCCUGCCCAACACUUCUUCCUACCUGAAACAGAGGAUGGACCAGAAAUCUCUGCAAUAUCACAAAAGCUUUUGGUGGGAUAGCCUGUCCAUUCAUAUGAGUACUUACUGGUUCAAAAACAGCAUGACAUCACACAAUUUUAAUAAGAAUCUGACUGGAGAAACUGGCAGCUUUAUUCUAUAAGAAAGCAGGGAAAUUAAUCCUAUAUAUUAAUCCUACAUCAUCCUCACUUAAUUUUGGACUGUAACCCUUCAUUCAUGUUGUUCAGUGAAAUGUAGUAUUAACUGUUCAAUAAAGCUGGAACACUGAAAAUGAUUGGGAAGAAAUGCUUCAGACCUCACGCAGGUACAGUACUUCUGCUAUUCGUUAAAGUAGUGUGACAUUUUUCAGACUUCCAGGCAAGGCUCAUAGAAAAAUCUGAAAAAGGUCCAAUAACUUUAAUGAAUAACAGUCCUACAUUCCAAAAAUUGCAGCUACCACCAAUGGUUGGCAGAGGAACCUAGGGCUGUACUAACUUUAUCACCUCAGCCAAAUGUUUCUAGUCAAUUUUAAUUUUGCUAUAAAAGGAAUGGUGAUUCACAAAGCUGCACACCAAGCUUUGCACACUCGUGAGGACUUGAGAUGUUUCUUUCAGCAGCUGACCAGCAUGUCAAAAAGCACAGUGCUUUUUAGAGAAGAAGGAGUUUCAAGAGCUGAUUAUAAUAUGGCAGAAGCAGGGGAAGAGGGGUCUGGUGCCAGCUUUAAAAUUGAGGACAGAGUUGAGGUGGCCUGGGCAUCAUGCCUGCAGCAGCUCAUACUUCCUUUCGUUUGGUUGUGGGAAGUAUUCAUCAUCUCCUUCUCAUGGCACUUACUCAAAAGAAAGCAGGUGAAGAGGUUGUGAUAGCAAGGAGGAGCAACCAGGAGGCAAUGUCCAUGACUUUCACAGAUACCUGAUCGUGUAAACUGUAGAUGUUCUUCUCAGAAUAAACAACUUCUUAUAGGGCAAUGCCAAAUCCUCUAGCAUGCCUCCCAUAGUUCUUUGGAGUUGCAGUGAUGGGUCCAUAAUCCCAUUUAAUACGUCUAUCAGAUUUUUUAGGAAAAUCAUAUAAAGAAGAAGAGGUUCUGUGGACUGCAUCUGUAUCAUCAACAAAGUCAUUCUCAUCAUGAACUGCUAUGGUGAAUGCUGCCUGAGAACUGAUGUUCUUAGAACACAGUUGCUGAUUUUAAGACCCUUCAAAAGUAACAUUCCUUCAACAUUUCCUCUUACAUAUCUUGACAUUGUUUUACCAAGACUAGACAAUUUAGUAUUCUCCAAAUAUUUUGGGCUACAGCUCCAACAGUCCUUUAAGAGCUGGUUGGAAGUGAAGUCCAAAACCUCUGGUACUAUCUUACUUUCCCGUGAUCUAGGAAAUACUGGCCUUAACUAUAAUAUGCUAAUUUUAGAAUAUUUAAAGCAGUAAAACCUAACAGCUUUAAAAGAUUCUGAAAAUCCAAUUUAGUUCUUUUCCACAGAAGCAUAUAUAACAUUUCUGAGAAGCUCCCAGCAGGACAUGGGAGUAACAGCACUCUCCCAUUCUUAUACCAAGCAACUAAUAAUGCAGAGGCACACUGCUUCUCAUCCUGAAGAUGAUAGGCUAUGUAUGUUUCAAAAUGUUUCAGAAGAAUGGCUUUGAACUUUGUGCAAGCACACUUACAGCAUUUCUCUGCUAUUCAUUAAACCAGCAUCUUUUCCCAGGUUCUGUAGUUGCCUAUAAAAAGGUGUGGCUGCUUUAAUGAAUGACAGGAUGCUGUGCUUAUGUGAAGUCCAAAGCAGUUCCUCUGAAUUAUAUUUGAAGCAUGCCCAACCCUAAAAGACAUCAUAAUUAAUGGCCUGAGGAAAUGAAUUCAAUGAAUUAUGGAAAGGUUCUUUUUAUCUAUCCUGCAAAAUUUCCAUAAGUAGUUCUUAAACUGAUGCCUUUCUAUUUAAAACCUUGUUUAUUCAUACUUUUGUUUAUAAUGUCUGGUUUUUAUUAUCACAUUAAUAUUCUACUGAAGUGUGAUAAAAGAUCCUGAUCCAUCCAUGAAUGACAAAUUUCUGAUGUCAGUCAUUCUCAUUCAUUCUUUCUCUCUCUCUCUGGUCUGAGUUGGCACAUUGUGACAAAAUGAGUAAAUUAUGGACUAGAAAUUGUUUUAAGCCAAUA